ACUUGAUUUCUGAAUUACUUACCAAUGAAAUUCAGGAAGGUUUCUGGAAAUGCUUAGGUAAGACUACGGGCUCAAUCAGUUUUAGAUAUAGCCAUGGCCGCGAAUAGCAACAAUCUUCAAAAGAACAUUGGGGGUUCGUCUCCUUUUGGGAAUUCUAUGCCUGUGAAUCCAUCACUGCAGCAGCAAUUGGGGUCUGGAUUUCCAGGCCAGUUUCAGUUUUCAGAAGCUCAGGCACAAGCGCUUGCUCAGGCUCAGGCUCAGUCGAAGGCACAGGCGCAAGCUCAGGUGCAGGCUCAUGCCCAUGCUCAAAUGAUGGCAGCUCACGCGCACCUGCAAGCUCAGUUACAAGCUGCUCAGGGGCUUGCGUUCAACCAGGCACAUCCUGGAGGAAUGGGGAGUUUGGGUUCACAAUCUCCUUCUCUUUCAGGAGCUGGAAGCAUGGGAGCCAAACGCUUCCCGCAAAAACCACCUGCUCGUCCACCGAGCUUUUUACCUUCUAACGUGGCCUCUCCAAUGCGGCCAAUGGAUGCCUCAGCUGCUGCUCGUAGGAAAAAGCAGAAGCUCCCAGAGAAACAGUUACACGAAAGAGUUGCAGCUAUUUUGCCAGAGUCUGCUCUUUACACUCAGCUCCUUGAGUUUGAGUCCCGAGUAGAUGCUGCCUUGACAAGGAAGAAAAUUGAUAUCCAAGAUGCCCUAAAGACACCAACUUACCUUCAGAAAACCCUCCGUAUAUAUGUCUUCAACACUUUUGCUAAUCAGAUCCGCACCAUUCCUAAGAAACCAAAUGCGGAGCCACCUACAUGGACUCUUAAGAUCAUAGGGAGGAUUUUGGAGGAGGGAAUGGACGCUGACCAGGCAGCAAUGAUGCAAAAAGCAAACCCUUCUUAUCCAAAGUUCUCCACAUUUUUCAAGAGAGUUACCAUCACCCUCGACCAGAAAAUAUACCCUGAUAACCAUUUAAUUAUAUGGGAUAGUGCUCGUUCACCUGCUCCUCACGAAGGUUUUGAGGUCAAGAGGAAAGGAGACCAAGAAUUUACUGCAAGCAUAAGACUAGAAAUGAAUUAUAUGCCCGAGAAGUUUAAACUUUCAGCACCUUUGACAGAGCUUUUAGGUAUUGAGGUUGAUACUCGUUCCAGAAUUAUGGCUGCAAUAUGGCAUUAUGUUAAGGCUCGGAAGUUGCAGUGCCCGGAUGACCCCUCUUCUUUCAACUGUGAUCCGCCACUUCAAAGAGUAUUUGGGGAAGGCAAAGUCAAGUUCACAGCAGUCACACAAAAAAUUACGCCCCAUCUGUUUCCUCCACAGCCCAUACAUCUGGAGCACAGGAUAAAACUUUCAGGUAAUAGUCCUGUCGGAACUGCAUGCUAUGAUGUAUUGGUCGAUGUACCCUUCCCGAUACAGAGAGAAUUGAAUGCGUUGUUGGCCAACACUGAAAAGACAAAAGAGAUAGAUGCUUGUGACGAAGCAAUUUGUGCUGCAAUAAGAAAGAUCCAUGAGCACCGGAGGAGAAGGGCAUUCUUCCUUGGAUUUAGUCAGUCACCUGUAGAGUUUAUUAAUGCCCUUGUAGAUUCUCAAAACAAGGAUCUGAAGCUUGUUUCUGGAGAAGGUAGUCGCAAUGCAGAAAAAGAGCGCCAUUCUGAUUUCUACAACCAACCAUGGGUUGAAGAUGCUGUCAUUCGCUACCUCAACCGAAAGUUACCAGCAGAUGCCUCUGGCCACACAUAGCUCAGCAGCAACGACACUACUUGCUAGUGAGUACUACGAUGCAAUUGCAUAAGUGCUCUAGCUUUAUUGUUCGUCGAACGUCACUUAUGCAUUGCCUCGACACAAUCUAAAGGAAGAACGCUGAUUUGGGUGUAGAAAAACGAUUGUUCCGACUAUCUUGCUUUGCAGGUUUAGUUUCAUAAGUCCAUUAACUGUGCUAGUUGUAGUUGUGCUCUACUUUGUAGUUAUACUUCCAUGGAAAUGUGUAGCAGCAGCAGCCUAGAUAGAAACCUAUUUAUUCACUUAUGUUUCUGGGCAACCAACUCAAUUUUAUUUGUGUAUGGAAUAUUAUGAGAGUCCUGGUUGGUGUGAUGUUACUUGAGCCAUCAUUUUAAUUUUUAAAUAAAUCAGGCAACA